UCUCUCUCCAACUGUCACCGACGCUUCGAGGCACUAAGACACCAAGGGCUUCCAUGCUCUGAAUAAGCGCUCAAAUUUCGAGCUGGAUGUCGAAAAUAGAGGUCAUAUCUUCCGCCUCGUCUGGGACAGCGACACGCAUUUUCUAAUCAUGCGUUCUGCGAUUGCAUGCGCACUUAUCAGAGGGACCUCUCGGGAUCUACAUAAACGGGUUAUAUUCCCCGUGUAGUAUGGGUUCGAGAGCAGGAAGGGUUAGACUGGGAGACAGAGGGACGAUGAACUCGGGCACGUAAACUGGGAAGGCUCGCUUUGCCCCGGGCACCUCCCAACACCUGACCUGCGGCGAACAUCCUACCUUGCUCUUCGUUUGAUGGAAGAAGAGCUGAUGGGCUGCUCCCAGAUAAGUCGCAAAGAACCUGCCUGGAACAUUCUGCCCCGUAUCCCUGGGCACAUGUCCUGCGCUUGAGCCAAGAGCGCACGCGUAUAUAUUCUACCCAACGAGCUCGAUGGAGCUCUAACCGGUUCUCUCGACGCACGGACCUUCCUUAUGGCGCUCCGCCUCGCUCUGAAGACGCUUCUCGUCGUGCUCGCCGCCGCGGGUGCCGUCAAUGCGAUGGUCCUGCACGAGCGCAGGACGAUCAUCCCGUCUGGCUUCGUGCGCCACGGUCCGGCUCCACCCUCGCACGCGCUGGAAUUGCGUUUCGGACUUGCGCCGAACGAUGCCGCUGGACUGGAAGCCAAGUUGACGGACAUUGCCACGCCCGGAAGCGCCCGAUUCCGCCAGUGGCUCUCGAAGGAAGAGGUUAGAGUGCACAUGGCGCCGUCGGCGGCGACUGUGUCAGCAUUCAUGGCGUUUGCUUCUGCGCAUGGACUAAACACAACGCAUAUUUCUCCCAACGAGGACUGGGUCUCGGCCACCGUCUCUGUUGCCACGGCCAACAAGCUCUUCAACGCGACUUUCGAGCUGUUCUCGCACCCCAGCCUCAGCGGCAAGAUCGCGCGCACGAUGUCUGUUUCUCUUCCAAGCGAGAUGGUGGGCGUCGUGAAUGUCAUCCAUCCUACGACAGCAUUCGCCCUGCCCCCAGCGACUUCCAGAUCUGUGCGGCCACCGAUGGUCCAGAUGGACGUGCGCAAGGGCAAGUCGCACGUCGCAGCUUCGUGCAACACCAGCAACUCUAGCGGCAUUAUCACCCCCCAGUGCUUGCUCGACAUCUAUGGUAUCCCGGCGUCCCCGGCGACGCAGGCCAACAACUCGCUGACCGUCACGGGGUAUGGCUUCCAGUGGGCUCAGAAAGCGAAUUUGAAAGCGAGUGGUUCGUUGGGUGCCUUCUUGCAAGAGAUGCGGCCAGAUAUGCCGCUGACCACAGACUUUGCACUGCAGACGCUGGAUGGAGGGGAUAACCCACAGGGUAUCUUCCUGGGCGGUGGAGGCGGUCUUGAAGCGGAGUUGGACAUGCAGUAUGCAAUAGGCGAGUGUGUGGCUAAUGGGGUUCCCACCGCUUUUCUGUCUGUGGGAGGGUAUGAUUUCCUUGGUGCAUUGCUCGACACAGCGAAUUUUGUCGAUGGUGCCAGCACUCCACCCACGGUGCUCAGUACUUCGUACGGCGUGGAUGAAUCGAGCACAGACCGCUCCAUGGCCAGCGCCAUCUGCAACACGUACAUGGCACUCAGCGCGCGGGGCGUCUCUGUCAUCUUUGCUUCAGGCGAUGGCGGUGUUCGUGGCGGUCACGAUGACCCCAGCCAGUGUGAUGUCAAUAAGUUUGCCGCCACAUUCCCGUCCGGGUGCCCAUUCGUCACCUCUGUCGGUGCAACACAAGGUUUCCCCGAGAAAUCGAGCAACUUCACAUCCGGUGGCUUCUCCGACAUCUUCGCUGCGCCUGGGUACCAAUCGGCUCACGUCAAGUCCUUCCUCAAGACCGUCCCAUCCGACUUCAAGGGCACCUUCAACCACAGGGGGCGCGGGUUCCCGGAUGUGUCCGUCCAGGGCGUCAAUUUCCAGAUCGUGCAGACCGGCGGCACUACGUUCACGGGUGGCACCAGCGCGGCCGCGCCCACCUUCGCGGCCAUGAUCGCGCUCAUCAACGACCGCCUCCUCGCGGCGGGCAAGCCCGUGCUCGGGUUCCUGAACCCGUUCCUUUACGCCCACCCCGGGGUCUUCAGUGACAUCACCGUCGGGCACAACUCGGGCUUCGUUUGCCCCGAGACGUCUGUCGCUUUCGAUGCUGCGCGUGGUUGGGACCCGUUGACAGCAGCACUGGACUCGACAACUGCGUCGCAAUCGCCUCCAGACUCUCGCCUCCAGAAGCGAGAGCGACGGCCAGCAAUUCGUCCGUUGACCAAUUGGGAACAGGCUCAGAUCACGAAAGUUCUCUCCUCUCUUUGGUCCCAGGACAACGCAUGCUUGCAGAAGAUCCCGUCAGCCGUCCGACGGCUCCAUGCGAUCCCGGCUCUUGACGAUGGGGCAUUCGCCACGGCCCCCUACGACGCGAACGAGACUCUUGAGGUUAAUUUGAUGGAAGAAGCAUGGAGGAUGCGUUUGAAAGAUGAUCUUCGUCGCAAUAUCGACCGAGGUCCUGGGGGAGGGAGUAUCUUGUCCCCCUUCAUACGGGCGAACAUGACGGUUGGAACCCGGCACUUCAAUCUCUGCAGCGGAUUGCGUAUAAAUGCAACGCCAGGAUUCCGGAUCGCCAGCCCCUCCAAGGCCUUUCUCGUCUUCCCAAUGGCUUUCAGCAGAACUCUGACCGUGCUCGCUGUGGCUGCCGUCGCGGCGGCUAAAAGUGCCAUGGUGCUGCAGGACAGUCGGGCCACCAUCCCUGCUGGCUUCGUCAACCACGGGCCGGCUCCAGCGGCUCAGGAAUUGGAGCUGCGUUUCGGUCUCGCGGGAAACGACGUGAAGGGACUGCAGGCCAAGCUGAUGGACGUCUCGACACCUGGAAGCGCCAACUUCCGUCAGUGGUUGUCGAAGGAGGAGGUCAAGGCUCACAUGGCGCCCUCUGCGGCGACCUUGUCGGCUUUCAACGCCUUUGCGUCCGCCCAUGGGUUGAACGCGACUCAGUUCUCACCAUCCGGAGAUUGGGUCACCGUCACCAUCCCCGUUUCCAAGGCCAACGAGCUGUUCGAUGCCAACUUCGAGCUGUUCUCGCACCCCGACCUAGAUGGCAAGAUCGCGCGCACGAUGUCCGUUUCUCUUCCGAACGAGAUGGUGGGCGUCGUGAACGUGAUUCAUCCCUCGACGGCCUUCGCCCCGCCCCCGUCCAAAAUCGCCCCACCGCUGAUCCAGACCCCGCUGUCCACGCUGAAACGUGACGUCUCGGCAUCGUGCAACACCAGCGAUCCGAGUGGGAUCACCACCCCGACAUGCCUGCAAGAGUUGUACGGCAUCCCGGCCACCCCGGCCACUCAGCCCGAUGGCACGAUUUUCGUGACGGCGUAUGGACUCGAAUUUGCGCAGACGGCCGACCUGCAGUUAUUCUUGCAACAACUGCGCCCGGACAUGUCGUCGUCCACGACCUAUGGUGUUGAGACCAUCAAUGGAGGCCUCGAUGCGCAAGGAGAUGGCUUCGGUGGUGUGGAAGCCAGCCUGGACAUGCAAUACACCGUUGGUGUGGCCACUGAUGUGCCGACAACUUACUUCGGGAAUGGAGACUUGGACGACAUCUUCAGUGCUUUCCUCUCAACGGCGACUUACCUCCAAAACGCCACCAAUCCUCCCUCGGUGAUAACAACAUCGUACGGAGUGGACGAAUCCACCGCGGAUCCCGCUCUUGCAAACUCUAUAUGCGACGCCUACAUGGCGCUGUCCGCUCGGGGCGUGUCUGUUCUUUUCGCUUCGGGAGACGGUGGAGUACGUGGCGGUCACGACGAUUCGAGUGUCUGCAACAACGCGGCUCUCGCCCCGACAUUCCCCUCGGGCUGUCCGUUCCUGACCUCCGUCGGGGCAACGCAGGGUAUUCCGGAGAAAGCCAUCAACUUCACGAGCGGCGGGUUCUCCAACAUCUUCCCGGCGCCGGCCUACCAGACCGCCCAGAUCGCCUCUUUCCUCAAGACGGUCCCGUCUGACUUCAACGCCACGUUCAACCUCACCGGGCGCGGAUUCCCCGAUGUCUCGACCCAGGGCUGGAACUUCGAGGUCAUCGUCAACCGUGUCCCUACUUCGGUGGGUGGCACGAGCGCCGCCUCACCCACGUUCGCGUCGAUCAUCGCGCUGAUCAACGACCGGCUCAUCGCUGCGGGCAAGCCCGUGCUCGGCUUCCUGAACCCGUUCCUGUACGCCAAUCCGGACGCGUUCAAUGAUAUCACCGUCGGCCACAACUCUGGCUUCGUGUGCCCUGAAUCCGGUGUCGGGUUCGACGCUACAACCGGGUGGGAUCCCCUCACGGGACUGGGAACUCCCAAUUUCACGAGCCUCCUUGCCGCGGCGAUGGCCUGAGUGAGCGUGGCGCAGGAUGAGGUUACGAGCGCAUGGUCGACUGGUGCAAUAUCUGAGAACUUGAUUCCACUGUAUGUAGUGUUGAUUGAUCGAGAUAUGUGUGAAAUCACCUCACCGUCUUGGUCAUCCCCCAACUCCUACUCAUCAGGCGACCUGUCACAUCUUUGCUUUCCCGUGAGUCCAGAGCGACUGCACGUGGAUAAUGGGAAGAACGCAGGUUCACAGCCGGCUCUUUGCGCGAAGUUAUGAAAUGUCUGUCUCACGUUUGCUCAUGUAGUUCAAUUGAUCGGACAUCAUCGACCAUCGACUGGCCACCGGUCGCUUUGGAAGGCCGUUGGGAAGUCGCAUUUUGGAAUCGGGCGUAAACAAGUUCCGGGCGCUCGACGUUUGGCUUGGGGUACUCCCUGGUAUUCCAUUUACGCAUCCGAGCGGGCAACGGGGAGCAGCGCGGUCUGGCCCCUAUAAUAACCAUCUAUCAUCCAUGCAAAAUAUGUGUCUUUCGACUACUUACUCAGAUCGACUCAUCGUCUGUCAGUCCAUCGGAUUCCGGCGUACAUGUGCAGAUCUUUACACGUGCGAGCUGACAGCCUCUGGAGGUCGAUCGGAUCUAGUGGUCAGCGGCGAGAUCGCGAAAAUGCGUAGUCCUGUGUGUGUACUACGAUAUUAUACAGGUCAGGACCCCGGCCAGAGCUAGCGAGGGGAGCGGGUGGGGUCUACCUAGGAAUGACACAUAAGCCCUUGGCCACAAGCGAGGGUGAGCUAAUGAUGAUUUAUCCCGGCGUGAUCUGAAGAACAAGAUAUCUUUCAAGUAAAAUGCCAGAGAAAGCGAUCGCACACAGGCUCUUGACGACCAAGUGGGGAGGGAGUUCAAAUCGAUAAAAUAUCACGGAAAAUGAAAGAUUCUAGGCCCUAGACCUGUUGCAAUGUGUCGCUCACGUUGCAAUAAUUUUCGAACAAUUAGGCCACUUACGCAUGUGUGAUGACCCAUCCGCUGAAAUGACACUCUCUCAUUGACAUCUCGAUUGCGGAAUUUGCCGUACCCUCAUCUGUGAAGCAGCACCUUGCAAAAGAACCCACCCGAGUUGAAGAGAUUGACCGUUUCCAGUCACCUCGACUUCCAGAAAGCACCAAGGAGAUGAACCGGAGGAUGCACUUCGCUCCCCUAAACGAUUAGGGGUCAAAGCGAGUGUGUCACAUCAAAGGAGCCGUCAUCAUCCAUGUGUGAAAAGUGGUUCUAGUCUUUCCUGUCACAU